CGCGGACCUUGCCCGGGGCUGGCGGACCCGGGAACCCGCGGGCUGGCGGGCUGGCGAUCGCGCGGGCGCGGCCCCUGCGGGCAGGAGCCUCGGGCCGCCGCAACGCCGGACCGCCCGCCUCCCUGCUGCCGCCGAGAUGAGUGCAGUGUCGGAGCCCCAGGCUGCUCACAGCCCCCUGGAGAAGUCGCCCAGCACGGCCAUCCUGUGCAACACGUGUGGAAAUGUGUGCAAGGGGGAGGUGCUGAGGGUCCAGAACAAGUAUUUCCACAUCAAGUGCUUUGUCUGUAAAGCGUGUGGCUGUGACCUGGCCGAGGGCGGCUUCUUCGUGCGCCAGGGCGAGUACAUCUGCACGCGGGACUACCAGAGGCUGUACGGGACCCGCUGCUUCAGCUGCGACCGGUUCAUCGAGGGCGAGGUGGUGUCCGCGCUGGGCAAGACCUACCACCCCGACUGCUUCGUGUGCGCCGUGUGCCGGUUGCCCUUCCCGCCUGGGGACCGAGUGACCUUCAACGGGAAGGAAUGCGUGUGUCAGAAGUGCUCCCUGCCCAAGACAGCGGGCGGCAGCGUGCACCUGUCCCAGGGCCUCUGGAGUUGCGGGGGCUGCGGCACGGAAAUUAAAAACGGCCAGUCCCUGGUGGCUUUGGACAAACACUGGCACUUGGGCUGUUUUAAGUGCGAGACGUGUGGGAAACAGCUGGACGCGGAAUACAUCAGCAAGGACGGGCUGCCCUACUGCGAGACCGACUACCACACCAAGUUCGGCAUCCGCUGUGACGGCUGUGAGAAGUACAUCACGGGGCACGUGCUGGAGGCAGGAGAGAAACACUAUCACCCCUUGUGUGCGCUAUGUGUCAGGUGCGGCCGGAUGUUUGCGGAAGGCGAGGAGAUGUAUCUUCAAGGUUCCUCCAUCUGGCACCCGGCGUGCCGACAAGCAGCCAGAACUGAAGACAAAAACAAGGAAACCAGGAGCUCCUCAGAGAGCAUCAUUUCUGUACCUGCUUCCAGCACCUCGGGGUCUCCGAGCCGCGUGAUCUAUAACAUUCCUGGCCUGGCCGCCGUCCUCAGCGGCUGGCCUGCCCCUAAGUCUCGGGACUUCCUUGUGUUGGUUCGACCCCCUGUUUGGGGCGCAAAUGACCGAUUCCCUAGUGUCCUCCCCACAGGUACUCUCGCCAACGCCGACAGAGGGCCCAGCCAGCGGCGUCGGCACCACGGCAUCCUGGGCCGUCUCACGACUGCGGCCUUCGUGCCCUGCAGCCUGGCCGUCCCCCGUCCCUGCUGCCGGGUCAUCUCACGCCGCCUGCCGCCCGCUCCAAACGGUUGCCCGUCCUGCUUGAACGGAGUCUUGCCGCCUCCCUCCCAGGGGGAUCAGGACGACCGUUCGUACAAGCAGUGCCGGACCUCCAGCCCCAGCUCCACCGGCUCCGUCAGCCUCGGGCGCUACACCCCGACCUCGCGGUCGCCCCAGCACUACAGCCGUCCAGCUGGUACUGUGAGUGUUGGUACCAGUAGCUGCCUGUCCCUGUCCCAACACCCAAGCCCUACAUCCGUGUUCAGACAUCAUUACAUCCCCUACUUCCGAGGCAGUGAAAGUGGCCGGAGUACCCCGAGCCUCUCGGUGCUCUCAGACAGCAAGCCUCCCCCCUGCACCUACCAGCAGGCGCCUCGCCACUUCCACGUCCCAGACACUGGCGUAAAAGAUAACAUCUAUAGGAAACCCCCCAUCUACAAACAGCAUGCCGCGAGGCGACCGGACGGAGAGGACGGCAGUUUCGAGCAGGAUAACAGGAAGCAGAAGACCAGCUGGCUGAUUCUCAAGGGGGACGCAGACACUAGGACUAAUUCUCCAGACCUAGACAGCCAGUCUUUGUCCCUCAGUAGCGGGACCGAUAGAGACCCUCUCCAAACAAUGCAAGGGGACAACUUUUACUCACGAUCCCCCUAUUCCAAAUCUGACCCUCUCCCAGGACACGGAAAGAAUGGCCUGGACCACCGGAACGCCAAUCUGGCCCCUUGUGGAGCAGACCCGGAUGCCAGCUGGGGCACGCGAGAAUACAAGAUCUACCCUUAUGACGCCCUCAUUGUCACAAACCGAAUUCGCGUGAAACUGCCCAGAGAUGUGGACCGCACGAGACUGGAGAGGCACCUGUCGCCCGAGGAGUUCCAGGAAGUGUUUGGAAUGAGUGUGCAAGAGUUCGACCGCCUGGCCCUCUGGAAGAGGAAUGACCUCAAGAAGAAAGCCCUGUUGUUUUGACGGCCUCCAGCGUGCCAGCGACAGAGCGUGGGACAGCUGGCGAGAACCACAGAACCCCCUCCUCCCGCACCUGGCUCUGGCUUCUCUGUGUCCCUGCGGGCGGGCGGCGGGCCCCUGGAGACGGCGGGGCGGGAGGCUGGGGCGGGAGGAUGUUCCAGAGCACGUGCGGCCUCUAGUUUCUGCCAGCUACGCUCCUGCCCCUAGUUCAGAGCCCAGACGCCUUGCUUUGCGCUGCACGUGUAACCCACAUCACGGAGGGGCUGCAAAGACGCUCCCGGGGCUCGAGGAACGUUUACCCUGACCGUGCG